GCUAAAGAGAUAAAGGGCGGUGCUGGCUUGAUGAGUGGCUUGUGUUCCUCUGAUCUCACUGUUUAUCAUUUGAAUCAAUUGAAUCGAAUCUUAUCAGAAUUAUAGUAAUCGGAUAGUCGAGAGUCAACAUGAGUGGACUGCAAAACAAUUUCCAGCCCGUCCUGGCUGAAGAUGCCCCCCGCUCGCAGAGCAAUGUCGAACGUCGAGAUUCCGGGCCAUUGAAGGAGAUGAUUGCUCAACAGGACAGUCUUUACAAGUACAUCAGCUGGGAGAAUCCCGCCCGAACUAUCGGAUCCUACUUUGCCGCCCUGGGUUUCAUGCUCGCAGUUCAUCAUAUGCACCUUACCCAGCUGACACUCAAGACCAUGGCAAUUGGCCUAGGAGUGAUGUCCAUGGCCGAGUUCGCUGGUCGUUCCUUCGGCCCUAACAACUUUGUGUCUCGUAUGCGACCCAGACAGUACAAGACCGUUCCGGAAUCAACUCUCAACGCUACUCUCAAGGAUAUUCACGACUUCAUUCAGUAUGCUGUUGUCCAGGCUCAGAAGAUCCUCUUUGCCGAAGACUUGGAGAAGACAUUUGGUGCCUUCGUUGUCACUGGUUCUCUUUACUUCCUGACCCAAUUCAUGAGUCCUUUCGGCAUUGCUAUACUCGGUCUGACCACCAUCUACACCAUCCCUCUCGUUACCUCCCCGCGAGGUCGAGGUAUCGCCCGCGAUGGCAUGGCCCGCGCUCAAGAGAUCAGCAACACAGCCGUUGACCAAGCCAGCUCUCUCGCCCAGGAUACCAAGGGUACAAUGGCCAACAUCUCCUCCAUGGCUCAAGACACCGCCGGUGACGUGAGGCGACGUGCUGUCAACAUGGUUCCUGGUUCGAAGCAGACUGAGAACCGUUCGGAUGUUACCUCCAUUGUUCCUCACAGUUCUUCUGGGCCCACUCAGGCCAGGGAUAUCUCCUCCAAGUAUCCCCAGGAUGAUUCCGAUACGUCAUUUGAGCAGUCUAAACAUUUGGCUUCUAUGGGCGCUCGCGGCACUUCAGGCAGCCUUGACCGAUCACCAAUCAAGACUGUCCACGCGGAUCCCAACCAAUCCAAGGAUUUCUCCCAGAGUAGCUUUGAUAGCUCUUCCAGCCAGUCCAAGGACACUCCUUCUAGCUUCUCCCACGGCACUUCUGAUGACUUCCCUUCCAACAAGUCCAGCUCCAACUUCCCUCCUAGCAAAGAUCAAGAUAUGCCCGACUACGCCCAGAACCGAAAGUCCAUUAACUACUCCAAGUUCCCCCAUGUCAGCAGCGAUAGCUCCGGCGUGCAGCCUGGAUCAUCCAAACAAGGAUCCAGCACACUCUUCGGCAACCAGGCUCCCGCUGGAAAGAAACCUUCCAUUGAUGAGACCAACUACUCCCUCCAGAACAGAAGCGACCAGACUUCCGACUAUCAGCACUUCGUUCCCCGUGAGGCUCUCAACCGUGGAAUGCUUGACUCCCAGGCCGGUACCUCCAUUGGCAAGAUGCCUCUCGGUGAACUGAUCGACGAGAAGGAGCAGGCUGGAGAUCAGGCUCCACCGAUCUCUGCUGGUGGUCUGAACGCCAUGAAGUAGUGUUAUUUCUUCUAGUAAAAACCCCCGAUCUCACAAUCUUUCCUUGUGUUGUUCAGUUUGUGGUUACCUUAUCAGCCCUCUGAACGAGAGAGAUCGGGGAGAUACAGCUUUUCCGAAGGGAAUAUCUGUAUAUCUCGUUCAGAGCCUGGCCAAGGUGAUUGCAAACUGAACAUGAUUUGGAGUUUGGGAAGGUCUGGCGCAUUUAUAAAACAUGGAAAACCAACUAUCACUGGGAUCGUCACCAUGUAACAUCAUAUAGGAAAU